GAUUUUUCAAUAAUGUGCAGUGCAGUCGCGUCCACAGAAGCGCGAGGGCAGCUGCUUACAGCGUCCCUCUCGCGCAGCUGCUCCACGAUCUUCAAAACACUGAUCGCGCACACAGAUCUGAAAACAUAGUCUGGGAUCAUCUUUCCUGGCUUCUCCGCGACGCAGCGCAACAUCGAUCCACAUCACAACAUCGCUCCACAUCACCGGCGCAUCCAGCCGACAUGGCCUCGUCCGUGAGCGGAGCGGAGGAGGUGCGCGUGUCGGCGUUGACGCCCCUGAAGUUGGUGGGUCUGGUGUGUAUUUUCCUCGCGCUGUGCCUGGAUGUUGGGGCCGUGCUGAGCCCGGCGUGGGUCACCGCGGAUGAACAGUACCACCUGUCCCUGUGGGAGUCGUGCAGGAAGCAUGCUGCCUCCGCGGACUGGAAGUGCGACAGCACGCUGGGGCAGAAAGGGGCCGACUGGCAGAUUGCCACAUUGGCCUUGUUGUUGGGUGGAGCAUUCCUUAUUCUCCUUUCCUUCCUGGUGGCUCUGGUGUCUGUCUGCAUUCGCUCCAGGAGACGCUUCUACCGACCAGUCGCUGUUAUGCUCUUUGCUGCAGUGGUCCUACAGGCCUGCUGUUUGGUGCUGUAUCCCAUCAAGUUCAUCGAGACCAUCAGUUUGAGCAUAUACCACGAGUUUAACUGGGGCUACGGUCUGGCUUGGGGAGCCACCAUCUUCUCCUUCGGAGGAGCGAUUCUCUACUGCCUGAACCCUAAGAACUACGAAGAUUACUACUAAACAUGCUACGACACCCAUAAUGAACUUCAAUGUCCUCUUCACUGUUGCACUGAACGUUCAUUUGGAACUGACCCUUGACUUUGCAGACACACAAAGACCCUUAAAAUGCAGGGCAAUGCCGAGCUGUUAGAUGCAUAGAUUUGGAUCCUUUUCCCUCAGAUUACUCUUUCAUGCAAUUAAACCCCAUCAUCCAACUCUAA